UCGUAUAAUUCGUGUUCCGUGUGUUAUCUGAAUGUACUUGCCUGUGAUGCUGCCAUAAGUCAGUGUUUCUCUGUACCUGUACCUUCCCGUUCUUGUGCAAUUGGCAAUAAAUUCAACAGGUCCUGAGAAAUCUCAGUGAGAUUUGAUUAGUGAUGAUCAUCUUGGCAGCUCGGUAGGUCGAAUGUAUGCGACAGUACACCGUUAAAUGCAAAAUCCUGAACAGUGUUGAUGAUCAGAGGGAUCUUGGACUCCAAGGAGGCGGGACUAUGGACUGUGGACUGAACCAUGAAAGAGAGAGAGAGCGAUCUGCAGACAGGCAGUCGGCCAGUCUAAAGAGCGAGAGAGAGACUGGAAAAGCUGAUCGCUUCAGUUAGUCGCAGCUGAGGCUUGGAACUCUCCUAUGCCCACAAGAGUGGGUUGAUCAUCGGUACACGGAACCACAACGAAUGUCUGUGGCUGUCACUUCGUAUAAUCCAUAGGAGUGGAUUGUGGAAUAUCUUGUGUUAACCCUUGCCUGGGUAUGUUGUGUGGUAACCCCUGGAAGACGGUAUUCCUGUGACAGGUCACUUUCGCUGAUAACUCGUAUGUGGACGGAUUCAGCGGAUAAGAACGUCGUCGAUGGUUAUUUUGAAGUAACGGCCUUUUCUCUACGUUUCACCCUGGAUCACAAAUAUCUCUCUCCCAUCAUUUAUUCCAUGGAUUACUGAACUUUCCUACUUUACCAUCUCAAGACUCUAAGCUUUGUUCCAUCAGCCUCGAUAGUCUGGGAAUUACAUUUACACAUAUAUACACUUAACACUUUCAACUUUCCUUCAUUUCAUUAAGUUACUAUAUACUAAUAAAGAGAAUGGUUUUAACAUCAAAACCAGACUCCGGUGUGAAAUCUAUUGCUGCUGGUUCGUUUCUAAAACGUUACAGUUCGUAACACAGUUUUAUAAAACUAGUUAGACCACAUCUGGAGUGUUUCAUACAGUUCUGGUCGCCCCCAUUCUCGGAAGGAUGUCGGGGCUUUGGAGAGGGCGCAGAAGAGGUUUACCAGGACACUGCCUGGAUUAGAGGGCAUGAGCUAUAACGAGAGGCUGGACAAACUUGUGUUGUUUUCUCCAGAGUGGCGCAGGCUGGGGUGAGACUGGAUGGACGAUUAUAAGAUUACGAGAGGAAUAGAUAGAGUGGAGAGACGAUAUAUUUUUCCUGGGGGUUGAAAUGUCUAAUACAUUUAAGGUGAGAGGAGAUGUGAGCGGCAAGUUUGCUUCUUUCCACAGACUAAUGAGUAGCUGCAGUUUCUGCCUGGGAGAGGGGGGGAGGUGUCGCCAAUCCUGACACGUGAUCCCGUUUGCCCCUCCCAUUUAACCGCAGAUUGGCAGCAUCUGCGCGUCUGUUUCCGAGGCCCCGCCUCCCGAUGAUGUAACAAUCUCUUCGCGCAUGUUCACAGUCUCCGGGUGGACGGUGUUAUCCUCUCCGCUCAGAGCUGAAGUGGGUCGGCUGUGUUAUCGGGAAAGACUUUCGUCUCUCCCGUCGGGAUCACUGUCUGCGGGCCGAAGAUAUCACUUUCCCAUCGUUAGACCUGCAGUGAGAGAUUUAUUGGAAGAAAAACCACGACUGAAGACAAGGGAACAGCAACAAGUGAACCAGCCUGAGAACUGAGAGCAUAAACUGGAGAGAACCAAUCUGACUCGGAGAUUCCAGUGAUUCAGUCAGGAGAAAGUUUGGUUAAAAAUGACAAAGAAUUAAUCUAUGGGAAUCUCGAACACCACACACCAGUUUUGCUGUCUCUAUCCAGAUAUUUAAGAAGCGGAACAAAGGAUUUCCUCGAACAUCCUUCCUGCUCAGACUGUGGGGAGGGAUUCACUCAAUCAUCUGACUGACUGGCACGCCUGACAUUUUAAACAAGGGAGGAAACCCAUUCAUCUUCUUAGACAGUCGGAAUGAAUUCAUUUGGAAAUUUCAACUGAAGGGACAUCACCAAGUUGACACUGGGACGAGGCCAUUCACCUACUCUGUGAGUGAGAAGGAAUUCAGUCGGUCUUCCCACCUGUGGACACACCAGUAUAUCACACCGGGCAGAGGCUGGUCAUCUGCUAAAUUUGUGGGGAAGGAUUCACACGGUCAUCUGACUUCAUGGCUCACCAGCGGGUUCACACUGAGGAGCGGCCGUUCACCUGCUCAGACUGUGGGAAGGGAUUCACUCGGUCAUCCGACCUACUGGGACAUAAGUUUGUUCACACUGGGGAGAGGCCGUUCCUCUGCUCAUUCUGUGGGAAGGGAUUCAUUUCAUCAUCCAACCUGAAGGUACAUGAGCGAGUUCACACUGGUGAGAAGCCAUACACCUGCUCAGACUGUGGGAAGAGAUUCACUUGCUCAUCGGAACUGAAGGUACAUCAGCGAAUUCACACUGGGGAGCGGCCGUUCACCUGCUCAGACUGUGGGAAGGGAUUCACUCAGUCAUAUCAGCUGAAGGUACAUCAGAGAGUUCACACUCGAGAGAGGCCAUUCACCUGCUCAGACUGUGGGAAGGGCUUCACUCGGUCAAUCGACCUCCUGGGACACAAGUUGGUUCACACUGGGGAGCGGCCGUUCAUCUGCGCAGACUGUGGGAAGGGAUUCACUCAGUCAUAUCAACUACAGAGACACCAGCGAGUUCACACCGGGGAGAGGCCAUUCACCUGCUCAGAAUGUGGGAAGGGAUUCAGUCGAUCAUGUCAACUACAGACACACCGGCAAGUUCACACUGGCGAGAGGCCGUUCAUCUGCUCGGAAUGUUCAAAGGGAUUCACUCAGGCAUCUCACCUACUGAGACACCAGCGAGUUCACACUGGAGAGAGGCCAUUCACCUGCUCAGACUGUGGGAAGGGAUUCAUUUGCUCAUCCCAACUGAAGGGACAUCAGCGAGUUCACACUGGAGAGAACCCAUUCACCUGCUCAGACUGUGGGAAGGGAUUCACUUGCUUAUCCCAAAUGAAGGUACAUCAGCGAGUUCACACUGGAGAGAGGCCGUUCACCUGCUCAGACUGUGGAAAGGGAUUCACUCGGUCAUCCCAUCUGAAGGAACAUCAGCGAAUUCACAUUCGGGACAGGCCAUUCACCUGCUCAGACUGUGGGAAGGGAUUCACUCAGUCACACGAAUUACUGGUACACAAGUCAGUUCAUACUGGGGAGUGGCCAUUCACCUGCUCAGACUGUGGGAAGGGAUUCACUCUGUCACACGCACUAUUGGUACACCAGUCAGUUCACACUGAGGAGAGGCCGUUCAACUGCUCAGUCUGUGGGAAGGGAUUCACUUGCUCAUCCCAAAUGAAGGUACAUCAGCGAGUUCACACUGGAGAGAGGCCGUUCAUCUGCUCAGUCUGUGGGAAAGGAUGCACUAGUUCAUCCCAACUGAAGGUACAUCAACGAAUUCACACUGGGGAGAAACCGUUUACCUGCUCAGACUGUGGGAAGGGAUUCACUUGUUCAUCCCAACUGAAGGUACAUCAGCGAAUUCACACUGGGGAGAAGCCAUUUACCUGCUCAGACUGUGGGAAGGGAUUCACUAGUUCAUCCCAACUGAAGGUACAUCAGCGAAUUCACACUGGGGAGAAGCCAUUUACGUGCUCAGACUGUGGGAAGGGAUUCACUUGUUCACCCCAACUGAAGGUACAUCAGCGAAUUCACACUGGGGAGAAGCCGUUUACCUGCACAGACUGUGGGAAGCGAUUCACUCAGUCAUUUCAACUACAGAGACACCAGCGAGUUCAUACUGAUUAGAGGCUGAUCAACUGAUCAGACUUUGGGAAAAGUUUCUCUCGGCCAAAUCAACCAAAUUGUGCAUCAUUGAGUUCAUACUAGGAAGAGGCAGUUCACCUGCUGUGAAUGUGGAAAGGGAUUCAUUCACUUAUCUAUCCUUAUGACACACUACCUGGUUCACAAUGGGAAGAGGCGAGUCAGCUGCUGUGAACAUGGAAAAGGAGUCAUUCAUCUAACCUGAUGUAAAUCUCGCUUCGGCUAGCAGCUUAAUAUAUGGGGGUGAUAGCCACUCAGCCCGGUCAAACAUAAGAAAUCUCGUUUGGGUGGAUGCUGUGUGGUGUGUCCCAUGUUAUAACUAAGUACCCUGAAAUAACAAAUGAUACACAGUAUGUGAUUUAAUGAUUGAUCUUUAUAAUUCAUUCUUUGACUAUAGGGUUAGUAAAAAAAUCAAAAGACAAAAGGGCCCCCACUCUCCGUUCACAUCUUCUCAUCUCUCCCCAGCAAAAAACACAAUAAUCUCUCUUCCAGACUCCAAGAAAAAAAAAAUUCUGCCAUCGGAAUGCCUUGCACUCCAAAACCCUGUUAUCACUAGUCAUAACCUAAAUAUUGCUGCUACAGAGAAACCAUUACAUCAGCAGUGAAACCUUACAGCGUGUUACACUUGUGACAGACUAGCGGGUUCACACUGGGGAGAAAGUUUCAAUAAGCUUCAUGCUGGAUAUUUGUCCAUCACCAUUGCUGAAUGCUAUUUUGAGAGUGACUGUAAGUGCUGAACUCUGCAAUUAUUGCUGCUGCUCACCACGCCCAGUUCUGCACCCUGGUCACUGGGCAUGGGAGAAGAUUCUCCUGCUGUGCAUUCAACUUUACUGGGACAGGAGUUUAAUAUUCUGCAUCUGAGACAAAUAAAUCUGUUCCAUUUUAAACCCUGUCCUUGGUACUUACUGAAUUUACAUUACACCUAUUGUACAGUAGAGAGUCAACUCAGGCUGGCUGGACCCUGCUAGUGAUUCUGUUCCAGGACAGUCCUCUUAAAUCUUCCCCUGUUGUUCACCUCUUCCUCUGUCUGUAGUGAUGGGUUCCAAACAGUCACCAAUCUGUUUGUGAAGAGGUUUCCCUUGAAUUCUCUGCAGACUGAAGAAGUUAAGCUGACUGCAGUUCUGUCUGAGAUGUUCUUUACCCCUGAAAUCUCUGGACUGAGGAAGAAUUAAUUUCGGAGUUACCCUCCUUACUCAUGGCUCAUUACCACAUUAUUGGUCAUUUUCUCUGCUUCUAAAGGGUUGUUAGAAAACACCACUGUCUUCCAAAGACUGAAAGCAGAAUGGUAAACCAUUAGCAGGACGUUCAAUGGAGCAGGGUCAGAAACCAGAGACAAAUCUGCACAGGGCAGAGUUUGGAGCUCUGGAAGAUGGUUGGGGUAAGAACAUAUGAUGAGGAGAAGGGAAUCAGCAGUGGGGUAUGGCAACAAAUGACAGAGUAGCAACAUUUGGAAGCAGAUUGAUGGAGAAAAUCUUUUGGUGGUUUGACUGAUAACAAACUAUACCCGUGUGACAUCUAUGUGUUUGGAAUGGUUUCAAUUAUUGAGGGUGUUGUUCCUGCUUGUUUAUCCUGUAAUAUUAUGUCUGGAUAGUUAUUAUAGAUUGUCCUAUCUGUAACAAUGUAUUGAUUAUCAUGUCAUUUGUAAGAUUUUGACUGUAAAACUGGAUCAGGCUUGAACUUACAGGCUUGUCUGAAGUGAUGGAGGGCAAUCAUGAGUCAGUAUUUUAAAGCAAGAAUUUGGUGAAUGAUUUUAUCUUUAUAAGUAAUCAGUUUGAGUUAAAUUCCUGCUGGAUCCUGGAAUGUGUUGGAUUGUGUCUGGUUUCUCUUGGCAUUUCCAGCACUUACUGCCUUAAAUACAAACAAUAUUGUAUGUAUUUUUGAUUUUAUUUUCCCCUUUUGUUAAACAGCUUGUCUUGUAUUCCUGCAAGGAACCCCUCUGUUUCUGGUAAGAGGAGUCCAACUUGUCAACAUCUUGUCAACAUCUUCCUUGUCAACAUCUCAUCUGCUGAGAUUGUUGCGAUGCCAUACUCAUACCACCUGCUAAUGAUUUCUUCCAGAGUGAUGAUUUAUUUUUCUGAGUUGGCCUCUCAGUUAAUUUUUCUGAUAUGUAUUCCGUAUCACAACUGUAUAUACACACAUGGAGUGCUGAAUCCAGUUCAUUUUUCUUGAAAAUAUAGAAGUUUUACCUGACUGUUGUGUGAUCUUUCCUCGUGUGUUAUUCCUCUUCCUCCUUCUGUCCAGGGUCAUGUUAAUCUAAGUGAGUUUCAGUGUAAAUACUCUUUUCUAAAGCUUUCUAAAGUUCUUAUUUACCUUUGUAAAUUUUACUGAUUGAAAUGGGACAAAUAUAUUUUUCUUAUUAAUAAGUCAAUGCCGGUAUUGAAGAAAGUGUUUAUUGCCUUUGUUGUAUUUGUUAACUAGUGAGCUCUGUUUGACAGGACUUCUUAAGGUGUGAACUAAAUUUUUUCAAAGGUUUUCCCUAUUUCGCACUACUUUCUAUUUCUUUGCUUGUUGAUAUACCAGAUUUGUGGGUAUCAAGAGUCCCGGUGAAGGGUCUUGGCCUGAAAUGUUGAUUCCCAUCCAUAGAUGCUGCCUGACAUGCUGAGCUCCUCCAGCACUUUGUGUGUAGUUCUCUAGAUUUCUAGCAUCUGCAGGUCCUCUUGUUUCUCAGUUACUUAUAUAUUUAUUGAAAGAACAAGACAAAAACAAGCUGGUAGUGGGGUGGUGUGGCUCUGAAAUAUUAGAUAAAAUCAUUAGAAAGAGGUGGCAAAGGGUUGGAAGUUGUAGAAUUGAGGAACAGCAAAUGUUAAAAAAAAAUCCCUAAUGGGAAUUUUACAGAGACCUUUAAACAGUAGUAAGUAUGAGGUCCUGAAAUUACAAUGGGAGAUGGAAAAUGCGUGCCAAAGGGCAAUGUUACAAUAGUCAUAGGGGAUUGUCAUGCAGUUGAUUAGGAAAAUCAGGAUGGUGUUGGUUUGAAGAGAAGGAAUUCCUAGAAUGCCUACAAGAUGCUUUUUAGAGCAGCUUGUGAUUGAGCCCACUUGGGGAUCAGCUAUUCUGGAUUGGGUGUUGUAAUGAACCGGAAUUAAUUAGGUCACUGAAGUUCAAAGAACCCUUCGGGGCAAGUGAUCUUAAUGUGAACAAAUUCACCCGGACAUUAGAGAAGGAGAAGUUAAAGUCAAAUGUGGAAUAAAAAGAAUUAGAGAGGCAUGAGAGAAAAAUUGAUCAAAAUUGAUUUAAAAAGAUCACGAGCAGGGAAGAAAACAGAGCAGCAAUGGCUGGAAUUUUUGGAAGCAAUUCGGAAGGCACAGGAUAUACCCAUGCAAAAAUUUGGGCACCCCUAGUCAAAAUUUCUGUUAAUGUAAAUAGCUAAGCAAGUAAAAGAUGACCUGAUUACAAAAGGCAUAAAGUUAAAGAUGACACAUUUCUUUAAUAUUUUAAGCAAGAUUACAUUUUAUUUCCAUCUUGUGGUGAACUACAUAUACCUGUCUGGACACCACCCCCCCACCCCCGC